AAGUAAUCCAUACGUAGAUAGAGCACAUAUUUUCUAUAUAAAAAGCCACAAAAAAAUUUCGGUUUUUUUGAAUAGUUAAUUAUCCAGAUCCAUUUUGGCACAUUCGAGCGAACGUAAAAUUCAAAAUUGAAAGUCGCGAAAAUUCACAGUUACAGAGUUACAAAUAUGAAAAGUCGAUUCAAAAAGGUGAAGAGCAGCAGCAACAACAGAGAUGUGGAGCCGAGGAGCAGCAGCAGCAAGACGAAGCUGCCCUUGCCGGUCUUUGGACUGGUGUCCAAGGAGAGACCCUGGCCCCGGAAAGAGCGCCAUUGUGUAUACUAUAGCACCGACUGUGACAAGACGGCGCUGAUCAACAAUUUCCAAAAAAGGGGCUGGCACAAGGUGCCCGCCUUCGAUGGCGAAUGGAAUCUGUAUUGGGCGUGCGCCCAGAACUGUCGCUACAUCUUUGGGGUCGAUCAUCCCUAUCGAAUGCGUUCCGAUCAAAUGAUCAAUCAUUUCCCCAACUCGAUGGAGCUGUCGCGCAAGGAUCUGUUGGUGAAGAACAUCAAACGCUAUCGGAAGGACUUGGAGCGAAAGGGCGACGCUUUGGCGGAGACCCAUCCAAAUAAUACAAAGCUGGGCAUCGGCGGCACACGCUAUAUGCACCUGGAUAUAAUACCCAUGACAUUUGUACUGCCCGCCGACUACAAUCUGUUUGUGGAGGAGUUCCAUAAGAAUCCAGCCAGCACGUGGAUUGUUAAGCCCUCCGAUAAGUCGCAAGGUGUUGGCAUCUAUUUGAUCAACAAACUGUCCAAGCUGAAGAGAUUCGCCUACGAGGCGCGCACAUUCUAUCCGCACUUUCAUCGCGACACCUGCGUCAUCUCCAAAUACAUUGAUAAUCCCCUCUUGAUUGGCGGCAAGAAAUUCGAUCUGCGCCUCUACGUGCUGGUGACCACAUUCAAUCCGAUAAAGGCAUAUCUGUAUAAUGAGGGCUUCUGUCGAUUUUGCACCCAGAGAUACGACCAGACCGAGAUCGACAACGUGUUCAUGCAUCUCACGAAUGUUAGCAUUCAAAAGAAUAAUGUUAAGGAGUACAAUACGAUACACGGCGGCAAGUGGUCCAUGCAGAAUCUCUGCCUCUACUUGGACAGCAUACGUGGCGAGGGUGUCUCAAAGCAGCUCUCUCGCCGCAUCUCCGAGACGAUACGACAUUCUUUGGACGCUGUGGCGCCGGUGAUGGCCAAUGAUCGGCAUUGCUUUGAGGUCUACGGCUAUGAUAUCAUUAUCGAUAACAAUCUGAAGCCGUGGCUUAUCGAGAUCAAUACAUCGCCGUCGAUACACUCGACGACCAAAAACGAUUGUACUCUGAAGACGCGCCUCAUUGAUAAUGUCCUGGAUGUAGUAAUACCGCCCAGCGGCAUGCCCGACGAACGGUGGACCAAGACGCCCAGCCAGGACUCCCUGAAAAACUUUACCCUGCUGACGCCCGUCGAGCUGCCAAAGCCGCGAAAGCUCUCCAAAUUGGCCACGCCAACAGCAGCAACUGCAGCAGCAGCAGCUGGUACGCAGCGAAAGAAUAAGAGUUUCGUGAGGCGUUUGGUGAGCGGUGCAAAUCCAAUCACAGCUCCCAAUGUGGCAACCAGAUUCAAACCAGCGGCAAUGCUCAAGAAGCAAGCCCAAAACAAAAAGUCCGCCGAUACCAAAGUCAAGAAGUCAAAGGUAACCAAGCGUGUGUCCAAAUAAACAAGCAUCUGGCUUUUAUACACGCUUGGCUUCCUCGUUCGUGAGUUACUCAAAGCCACGUUGAAUCAUAUUCCGCGGGCGUUCCGGGUGGCAAUUCAACAACAACGUAAUGAGAGACUUUGAUAUUUGUUUUGAGUUGUUCACAAAAUUUUCCUAAUACUAA